AUGGAUUCAGCCGCGCAGUCGUCGGCGGCCAAGCCUAACAACGACACACCGACAUCUUCGAGGAAGCCCAACCAAGUGCCCUCUCAGCAACCGUCACUAGACGAGAUCUCGCACCCUCAGACCGGAAGUGCGUCCGAAGAUGACCCUGACCCUACCCCUACAAGCGAAGAAGGGCAAUGGGUGUCCGGCAGGAAGCUCGUCAUCCUCUCAAACUUGCUCAUCGCGGCUAUGUUCUUGAUGAUGCUCGACACCUCGAUUAUUUCGACCGCAAUCCCGCGCAUUACCGACGAAUUUCAUUCUCUCGAGGAUGUUGGCUGGUACAUCAGCAUCUACCAGUUCGCCAAUGCUACUCUUCAACCUAUUUGGGGUCGCAUCUAUCAUAAAUUUAGCAACAAGGCCGCCUUUCUCACCGCACUGGCCAUCUUCGAGGUCGGCUCCCUGAUCUGUGGUAUCGCAGUCUCCUCCCCCAUGCUCAUUGUUGGGCGCGCCGUUGCCGGUAUUGGUAGCACGGGCCUAGUGAGUGGCGGUCUUACCAUCACAGCUUCUGCCGUCCCAAUCGAGAAGCGCGCUCCCCUAACGGCCAUCCUUAUGGGUAUUUCUCAACUCGGCGUUGCCUUCGGCCCCAUUCUCGGUGGAGUGUUCACCUCGUAUGCUACCUGGCGUUGGUGCUUCUACAUCAACCUGCCCAUCGGAGCUCUGCUCCUCCUCGGUAUCUGCCUGGUCCCGGUCCCCGAUCAGAUCCAAAAGCCCAGCCCGUGGUCCGUUAUCCGGGAACUUCAUUACCACUUCGACAUUUGCGGAUUCAUCCUCAUCGCUGGCGCCGCUUUCCAAAUCCUCCUCGCCUUGUCUUGGGGCGGCAGCAAAUAUGAAUGGGACUCUGGCUUCGUUACCGGUCUCUUCAGUGGCGCGGCCGGCCUCAUCAUUAUCUGGCUUGUUUGGAAUUGGCAUCGAGGCGACGCGGGCCUGAUCCCUAUCUCACUCAUCAAGGUUCAGGCGGUCAACCUAGUGCAAAUAACGGGCUAUGUAAUCCCCUACGCCUUGAUGGCGGCGGCAGCCGGUUCUAUCUCCAACGGCAUGUACUCGACUUUCUCGCCCACAACUUCGACGGUUGAGUGGGUGGGCUAUCAGAUUCUCAACGGAUUCGGUCGCGGUGUGGGUAUGCCGAUGGCAGUUCUUGCGGUCCAGGCGGCCAUCCCUCCCGCGGAUCUCGCUAUGGGCAACGCUAUCAUUAUCUUCGUCCAAAGCUUGGGAAGCGCUAUCGCCCUUUCUGUCUCCGACGCCAUUUUCCAGACCAAUCUUGUGUCCGAAAUCGCCCUCAAAGCGCCUCAUGCUGACGCCGCCGCUAUUAUUGUUGCCGGCGCCACCCGCUUCCGUAGCGUGGUUAACGAGCAAAACUUGCCCGGUGUUUUGGAAGCAUAUGCCCUCUCCAUUGACCGUGUCUUUUAUCUGGCGGCGGGGCUUAGUUGCCUCGGGAUGCUUACCGCCCUUGGUAUGGGUUGGGUGAAUAUCAGCAAGAAGCAGAGGAUGCGGAAUGCCGGGAUUCCUCUGCAGGACUUGAGCGCUUCCCAGCGCGUGUAA